AUGGCAACAAUCAAAGAAAUAAGAAAUAAAUUAGAAAAUGCAGAGGAGCAAAAAAAAGAAGCGAAGGGGGAGUUAGAGAGACUGAAGAAAUUGAAAAGAGGUGCAAAGGAGAAAUAUGUUGUUCACCUUUCAUCACUCAAAGACGUUAUGAACAUGAUUUUGUCAAAUUUUAGUACUUUAAAGAAAUCCUCUGAAAUUGCUGAAGCUAAAGUCAUUUCACUAAAAGGCCACAACUUCUCUAACGAUUUGGAAAAAAUUCAAAAUAAUAUUGAGAAUUCAAAGAAAUAUGAAUGGGGGAGACCCCUGAGGUCAAGUCAGAUUUCAGAAUUCUUGAAAACUCAUUAUGGGAAAGAGUUGUUUGAAGAAGUAAAGCAAAAAAUAUUAAUCAUUGAACAAUUAAUUUCAUUUCAAUAUAUUUUUCUUAAUUUCAGUAAUGAUAUUCAAUUGGAUGGAAGUGAUAGCGAACUAUUAAUAGAAAUACUUGUUAUUUAUCAUAAUGAACUUGUUGAAGUCAUCAUUUAUCGAUGUUUUGCAGUAAUUCCAUCAAUGAAGUCAGACCUUCUCUUAGUCAAAUAUUCUGAUACUCUGGAGUCUUUAAAGCGUGAUCAACAUUUGAUUCUGAUAAAUUAUGCUGAAAAUGACAAUCAUGUCUUGAUUACAUUACUCCCUAUUUUUAUUUAUCUUUAUAUUCAAACUCUCAAACCAUUUGUAGUAGCAGGCAAGUUGAGAAUGUCAUUCUUGCCAGGAUGGAGAAUGGAAUGGUAUGAUUUUGAAAUACUUGUUGCAGAAUAUGUGGCAUUUCGUAUUAGAGUUUUCCUCUACUUUAGGUAUAAGAAGGUGGCUUUUAAAAAUAUCUUUCAGAAUGCUUAUGAUGACAAGAUGUCCUUGGAGACAAAAGUUGAACUCAAAGAAAUUACUGUUCAUCAACUCUGUAAUAAGUUUCUAGCCACUUACCCUAUUACUAAUAAGCAAGGUAAAAUUGUGAACUUCAAGUUAGGUGUGAUUGUGAAUGAAAAUAAAAUAUCAUUUGCUGAUUCUUUUCUUGUUUUUGUAAACAUUGGCUAUUUUGAGAAGACUGAUAUGAAGAAAGAACAUAACAAAAAUGUGGCUGCAGUUCAGAGCACAUAUUAUAAUUUUGGCAUUAAUAACUAUAAUGUUAUUAUAGUAUUUAUAUCAUCUGCUGAUUUCAAGAAAGAUAUUAGUGGCUAUUGUGAAGAAUCUCUACCAAACUGUCUUAUUAUAUAUUGGCAUAACUUUGAAGACUUCUUUGGACAUGUCCUCAGUUGCCAUGCUGCUAUGCAAAUUUCUAGAGAAUGUAAUCCAAAUUUUACUCCUCCAGAUCGCUGGUUAUCAGUUUCAACAAAAAUACCGCCUUUAUGUUCACCACAAGAUAUGUUUAAUGCUGACCCAUGGUUUAACAACUACAAGGAUGAUAUUAACAAUAUGACAUAUUCAUUGUACACUGAUACCAUUGAGCUUGCAAACUUUAAUAAGAAACGCCAGCUUAGUUAUUAUGAUGAAGUUCUGCAAUUGUAG